GGCGAACUUUCAAACCUCCUCUUCAACGACACUCUGUACGAUUCCUGAUCAAUCCACCCGUCGUCAAAAUGCCUAAGAAGAGAAAGAAUAACGGCCGCAACAAGAAGGGCCGCGGCCACACCAAGCCCAUCCGCUGCAGCAACUGCUCGCGAUGCACGCCCAAGGAUAAGGCCAUCAAGAGAUUCACCAUCCGCAACAUGGUCGAGUCUGCUGCUAUCCGUGACAUCUCUGACGCCUCGGUCUUCGCCGAGUACACCGUCCCCAAGAUGUACCUCAAGCUGCAGUACUGUGUCUCUUGCGCCAUUCACGGCAAGAUUGUCCGUGUCCGCUCCCGCGUGGGUCGUCGCAACCGUGCUCCUCCUCCCCGUGUCCGUUACAACAAGGACGGCAAGAAGGUCACUCCUACUCAGGGUGCUAAGACCUCGUAAGAGAGAUCGGUGCCUCGUCAGCCUUGAGAAAAAAGAUGACCGUGGAAGCUGUUACGACUUGUCUGGGAAUUUCGGGAUACCAAAAGGAUCGGCAUGGGCUCACCGGCGUUCGGGUUUACUGAAGUCCAUAGUCGCUGAAUCGACGACAAUGAUCACAAGUCAACAUUUUCCGA